UUGUAUUGGAAGCUUGGUAAAAUGGCGGAAUACCUUGCUUCCAUUUUCGGCACAGAAAAAGACAAAGUAAACUGCUCUUUUUACUUCAAGAUUGGCGCAUGCCGCCAUGGAGAAAGAUGUUCACGGUUGCAUAACAAGCCAACUUUUAGCCAGACAAUCCUGCUGGUGAAUUUGUAUCAUAACCCACAGAAUACAGCACAGACUGCUGAUGGCUCACAUACCAGUAUCACAGAUGUUGAAGUACAGGAACACUACGAUGAGUUCUUUAAUGAAGUAUUCACAGAGGUCGAGGAUAAGUAUGGUGAAAUUGAGGAAAUGAAUGUAUGUGACAACCUAGGGGACCACUUAGUAGGCAAUGUCUAUGUCAAGUUUCGUCGUGAAGAAGAUGCAGAGAAAGCAGUGGCAGACCUGAACAAUCGCUGGUUCAAUGGUCAGCCUGUCCGAGCUGAACUCUCACCAGUCACAGACUUCCGUGAAGCUUGCUGUAGACAGUAUGAAAUGGGGGAGUGCACUAGAGGGGGCUUCUGCAAUUUCAUGCAUUUGAAACCAAUCUCUAGGGAGUUGAGACGGAAACUGUACGGGAGGCGGCGGCGUAGAAACAGAGAGGUGGAGAAGAUUUGUUCAGCAAAGUCUCUUCCUUUUGACCAGUCCUCCCGUUCAAGGUCGCGCUCACCAGGGGGUCGUGGGGACAGGCGCAGUCGUAGUCGAGAUCGUGACAGACACAGAGACAGAAGUAGGAGUGGAAGUCGUGGGCGGGACCGCCGUAGAUCAAGAGAAAGAUCAGGACGAUUUUAAUAACAGUUUCAGGCUAGUUUUAGUAUAGUUUCCAUCCAACUGAAUAGACAAUGAGAACCACUGGAGUUCACUUUCAUUUGCCAGGAUCACUAUCAUUGCAUUGUGAUUUGUGACUUUGCUCCACCUGCGUACUGUGUAUCUCAAUCCAUACAACUUUAAAAGACUGAUACCCAGAAGAGUAGUGCUCUCAUUAUUGCCGAAUUACCCCCCAUUUUCUUUCAUUUAUUGGGGAUGAGACACAGGAGCAGUGGUCUGGAUAGUUUAAAAUUAUUUCUUUUUUUUUUUUGUAAAUUGAUCUUUGAGUAACCUCAUUUAUCGAUCAGAUAUAACAGAUGUUGUUUUUAGUUGUUCACUAUACACAACAAAGAAAAAAGAAAUAUCAGAGAAUAGUUCAUUUCAUUCUCUUCGUAAAAAUAUUAUGAAAUAUAAUGCAAGUUUGAUAGUUACUGUAACAAUUUGAAGAGAAGACUUCGAAUUUGUUUUGUAUGUAGUAAGACAUUUUUUAAAGACAAAAAGUUAAUAAAUAAUUAUACUCUAA